AUGGAUCUCUGGAAUGUUCAUGAGAUAGAUGACAUAACUUUGAGUCAGGCUGCAGAAUUCCUUGAAGCCGAAUCAAAUUUUGAAAACUUGUCCUUAAGUGAUUUCCUUGACAUUGAUUUCGGAAAUUUUGAUAUAUUGUCAAUGGAAAAUAUUGAUAUUACAAGUUCUGAUGUGAAAAUGAAAACGGAGAAUUCUGAUGUGAACUCAGCUGGGUCGCGCUUCGGAGAUCUAAAAGAGGAAGAGGAUAUAAAUCGUCUAAUUAAGGAUACUGAGAGUAAACAUACAAGAAAAAACUCCAAUUGGAGUAAGAAAACAUUUGAUGAGUGGCGAGAGUACAGAACAAGCCAGACAAACGUCCCUAUACCUGAGAUCGAAAAUUUUACAGAAAACGAUGUAAAUGUAUGGUUGAGCAGAUUUGUACUUGAAGCCAGACGCAAGGAUGGAGCACCGUACCCUCCUAACACGCUUUAUCAACUUUGUGCCGGACUGAUGAGAGUACAGAAAGAAAGCGGAACUUUUAUGAAUUUUCUAGAUGAAAAAAAUCCUGUUUUUUUCCGUUUCGACGAAGUUUGA